CAGCCCCGCACCGGGGGAGGGAGCACCGGCCCGCCGGGGCCCGCCCCCCGGCCCGCCCAGGCCCGGCGGCGGGCGGCGGCGCUGCCGUCAUGGCGGAGGGCCCGGCGGCGGGUGACGAGCUGUGGGCCGAGGCGUGGGCGCUGCUGCCGGGCUCCGAGGAAGGGCUGAGCUUGUCGCUGAGCGGCGAGGUGGAGGACUGCGUCCUGCCGCUGCUGAGGCGGGCCCGCCGGCUGCUCUACGGCGCGGCGGGCCGGCCCGGCGAGGCGGCGGCGGCGGCGCUGGGGCGGCUGGGCGACAUCCUGCGUGACUACUCCUGGGAGAGGCUGAACGCGGGGCCCUGGCGGGAGGUCAGCAAGGCCUGGCGGCAGGUCUACGCCUACGGCUGCCUCUUCGGGGCGCUGGCCGAGGUUGCCGCCGGCCGCCCGCUGGUCCCCGCCGUCCGCCUCUGCGACAUGGGGCUGCUGAUGGGCGCCUCCGUCCUGGACAACGUCCUCGCCCGCCUCGUCCGCGUCCUGCAGGCCCGCCUGCCCCGCGGGGAGCGGCGCGACGCCGCCCCGGGCAGCGCCAAGAGGGCCCGGAUUGAGCCCCUUCCAGUCCCCAUUGUGCAGCCAGAAGAUGCGCUUCCGCACGUUCGCUGCCCUUCACUGGAGCAUUUCAGAGACAACUAUCUAAUUCCACAGAAGCCUGUGGUCUUAGAGGGGAUUAUUGACCACUGGCCGUGUAUGAAGAAGUGGAGUGUGGACUAUUUUUGUCAAGUCGCAGGGUGCCGCACAGUCCCCGUGGAAUUGGGUACCCGAUACACAGAUGAGGAAUGGUCUCAGAAGCUUAUGACCGUCAGCGACUUCAUCAACCAGUAUAUUGUGAAUGCGAACAGCAUAGGAUACCUUGCCCAGCACCAGCUUUUUGAUCAGAUUCCAGAAUUGAAAGAGGAUAUCAGUAUCCCUGACUACUGCUGCCUGGGGGAAGGAGAAGAAGAUGACAUCACCAUUAACGCUUGGUUUGGUCCAGAAGGCACUAUCUCACCUCUUCACCAGGAUCCCCAGCAAAAUUUUUUAGCUCAGGUAUUUGGAAGAAAGUAUAUCCGUCUAUAUUCGCCACAGGAGUCAGAAAACCUGUAUCCCCAUGAAAGCCAUAUUCUUCACAACACUAGUCAGGUUGAUGUGGAAGAUCCUGACUUACUUAAGUUUCCCAAUUUCAGAAAGGCUGCGUUUCAGUCCUGUAUUCUGAUGCCUGGACAGGUUCUGUUUAUUCCAGUUAAAUAUUGGCACUAUGUACGAUCACUUGACAUCAGCUUCUCUGUCAGUUUCUGGUGGUCAUAGCUCUGAAGCGUGCAUAAAGUCUGUUAGCAUUGGAAUAGGAAUUACAAAUCAGAAAAAGUAGAAUCUGGCAUCUUCUCAUAAGAGAAUUCUUUUUAAGUGUGGAAUGCUCUUCCCUAUCUAAAGGUUAGAAGUGGAUUAAAAAAAUCCGAAAAAACAACAAACUCUUCCUUCAGCAUGGUGAAAAAAUCUGGAUGGGUAAAGGGAAAGAAGAUGCUACAGCCACUUUAUUUUUGUGGAUGAUUCUAGUAUGAAUGCCUCUUAAAGACCAUCUUAGGUCACCAUCUUGUAUGCAUGUGUACAUCUGAAACAGCUCUAUAUAUGGGCACUGCCAGGACUCUGCUUCAAGCUAUAUUUGGAACAUCAGGUUAGUGUUAUCUUCUACUUGGAUUUAAUAACAGUAAAAACUGUAGUUACAUAAACAAUGAGGGAAUCCAAAGGUUCAAUAUGUUAAAGGAAAAAAGAAGCUAACACGAAGCAAGAUACCAAUCUCCUAUAAAGACAAAGUUACUAGUGUUAAGGCGUAGGAACAUAAUUAAUUGUAGUUAAUCUGUAGUUUAAUUGCAGUUAAAUGAACUGAAGCUUAAUCAUACUUUGAUUAACCAUCAGCUGAACUGUUGACACUCUGCCUUCUGCAGUGUCACACAUUUCUACUAAGGAAAGAUACGCUGCCAUUCCAUUCUGGUACCUGGCAAUAUCUAGUCCUCGUCUUCUCAUCUUAAAAGGAUGAAAAUCCUCAGCUCACUCACUCUUAAAGGAAAAAGCAUCCUUACAUAAAAUUGGAGAUUGAAGUGCUAAUACCAAAACCUAAAAGAAUCUUAAGAUGCUUAUUUUUUCAACGCUUUGCAGACUGGCAAUUUGUCUAAGCUGGCAUUGCCCCAAAAGUCUUAUCCUACUUCUUACCAAUUGUUUUGACUGUGGGAAUAUUCCCUCUCUUAUUGAGUGUAACUGCUUGUGACCUGGCCUUAUAUCAGAUGAACACUUUCAUGCCCAAAGAAGGGACAAAACCCAAGCAACAAUGCAACAAGUGUUCAAACUCUACCCCUAGAUCAGAUAUUCAGCCAGCUGCCUUAGUGAGGAGACCAUGAGUGCUACACUGAUUUUUAUUUUUUUUUUUUGACACACACACACACACACACACCCCGCCCCCCACCUACUUGAAGCCCUAUGGUGCUAGUAAAGGGUUUCAUUUUCGGUUGUGCAAGUGAAAUUACAAAUAGGGAAUACUGUUGCUGAUAAAGGAUUCUUUUAAUAGCUCACCUGCAUAGAUCAGCUUGCAGGAUUGACUAAAAACACCUGCAUCUUUCAUUCCCAAACAUACGCUGAGAGUCACAACCCAAGAAUACACACACAAAACAGCCUCCAAGAAAGCGUGCAGACACAACUGUGAAAAAGAACAGGAAGGUCAAUGAUAGUUUUAUUGUAAGAUUCUUUAAACUUGCGGAAAAAAUAAGUACACUGAAAGCACACUGUUACUAAUGAAUACAAUACAGUCUGGCUACUCUGCAAGAGUGGGGAAAAAGAUUUCACUGAAAGCAAGUCUUACAAUUAGCAUCGUCUAGUGCUGAGAACGAAGCUCUUCUCUGUUCUCCCUGUUUUUGAUGGUGACUGGGAGUCUGUCCGACUCACACCUGUGAAGAAAACAAAAGGAAGGUUAAUGAAUGACACACAAAAAAAGGAUGAUGUUGUAUAACCUCCAUAUUUUUAAAAUGCUUUACAUGUUCCUGUUUGGAAUGUCCAAUUUCCCUGGCUAAAUAAAGGAAUCAUGAAGAGAUUGUGCUCUUCUUAGAAGCAUAGUA